AUGAGUCGACGAGCAGCAGGGCCGGUCCUCAGGGCCAGAACCCGCCCCCGCCUCCUCCGCCUUACCGCCCCGCUCUCCCUCGACCCACGCUCACCCUCAGCAUCAGUCACCCCUGCAGCCCGUCUGUCAUUCCCCGAUGGAGGGUGGCAGCAACGCCACUGGUCCUCCUGGAGCCUGGACCGCCCGGACGCCGUGGUAACACCAUAUGACACGCCCCCGGACCGGUGCUUUCCCAUCAGGCCACAGAACCCUGGCCAGAGCUGCAGCUACAGUUGUCAGUCUUCUCCAGGGCACUACAGCUCCCAACAUGCCCCGGGGCAGCACGGCGAUCUCUGCUGUGAUCGUGAAGAGGCUGAGCUGUCCGAGCUGGACUCCCUUUACCAGGCCAGUCUGCAGGCUGGAAGAUCAGGCUGCAGCCCAUCUGAGAGGCUGAUAUCCAGGAUGGGAGGGCAGACGCGCUCCAAGACCCCCAACGCAGACAUGGAGAGGAGUGUGUACGGGGCGGACAGCACCAGCACCCCCACCUACCUCAACAAGCCAGUGAUGUUGCGGGAUCCACGUUUGGGGGCGGAGCCUGAUGAUGGGGAGAACCAGAGGCGAAUCGGACGCAGCCUGAGCGGCACGGUAGUGACCUCCCGCCGCAGCCGCCUCACCACAACCCGCAGCUUUGAGCUGUCGGGCAGCGCUGGAAGUUUCUGGCUGUGUCUGACGGGGGUCAAGCUGUCCUCGGACCAGAGCCCCGCCCUGCUACACUGAUAUCCGCCCCCGCCUUCCUCUGAAACCUCCCCACAGCGCAGCGUGUCGAGGUCCCGGGCGGCAUCGCCUCGACUGACCUAGGAUCGGCUCAGGACCAUCGUCUCAACGGCCGACCUGCUCCAGCAACUUGUCCUUCGAAACAAACACAUGCACGCACACAUCUGCACUGACGUCGAGCCUCCCUCUGCGCCUGAAGCUCCCCACUUUACUUGCCUUCCCUCCCUACUUACUCUGUCUAUGCAGUCACUCUGACCCCUUAAACUACAACCUCCCUUUCUUUCCCGGGACUAUUACUCGUCUCCCUGUGGGUUUUUUUAGGAGGAUUCUCGCCGUCUGACUCCUCCUCCGCCCCAACAGGACCUUUCAGCUCAAUGGGAGAAUCUAACCAAGUAGCCACGCCUCUUCCUCUUUCUUCAUGGGCAUUUUCCCGUCGGACGCACAUGUAGCUGAACUGACAGCCAUAUUUUUGCUCUCGUUUUCUUGCUGGGUUUCCUUGAGGUUUUUGUUUUCCCUCCAGAGACUGAACUCUGAUAACUAAACAUGUACAGAAAAACACAUGUAUGAAACCUGUAUGUUAAUUAAUAAGACCUUAUGGAAUGUUGAUAAUUAACAAAUAUUGAUAAACUAAAAGUGGUACUUCCUCAUGUCUGCAUUUCAAAUAGCAGUGGAGUGCACUUCACAAGUGUCUAGCUGGAGUUUCCGCCCCUAAAAUACUCCCAAAACUCGCCCCCUUUUCCGUCACCCAAAAAGAAACUGCUCGCUGACUUAAUGACGGCUCUCCCGCUUCUACUGGGAGAUUUAACGAGAAAAGCACUUCCUGUUACUUUGGUCUUUGCUUUCUUUUGCUUUUCUUUGUUCUGAAAGGGAAGCAGUAGCACCACAACCGAGGAGAGUUGAGAAAGGAAGACAGGAGAGAGAAAGAGACGAAUGUAGGUUAGGAAACCUGCCUUUUACGGGCUUUUUAUCAAUGAACGCGGAUGAUUCAAGUGCACUUUGCAGGGAAGAAGUGCACUUUUAAUCGAAGGCUGAUGGAGAGAGAGAGAGAGAGAGAGAGAGAAGUCCUUUUGGUUUUGUUUUACUUCAAGGCCUCAGGUGAACUUCAGUGGCACUUAUAAAUUCCCACUUUUAUGAUUUCUGACGCUGAUUUCGAGACCCAGAUGGGAGCAAAAACAGCACAUCUUCAGCCUGAUACAGUUAAGGUGUCUGAUAGAGUAUGCUUUAUAUGAUAAAUAUGUAUUAGAGGUAUAUUUUCAGCCAGUGAGCUAUCUUCUUCAGAGAUGUCAACCAUUACUCUGUGGUGUGAACAUUUAAAUCCUUUCCCUCACAAAUGAGUAGCAUUCUGACAUGUGUAGUCAGUUUAUUAUAUGCUUUAUCAUAUCAUAUAUAUAUAUAUAUAUAUAUAUAUAUAUAUAUAUAUAUAUAUAUAUAUAUAUAUAUAGACACAACUGGCCAAUGUAAAGUUUGGCAAGAAUCUCCUGACAUUGAUUGAUCGUUGUAACAAAAACCAAAGGUUGGCACUUAGCUUGUUGUUUUUCAUUCAUUUGUUCAUUUAGGUUGUUGUUGAUUGUUAUUUUUAUUUGGGUUGUGGAUGUGGGAGAAUGUAGCCAAUUGUAGCGCAUGAGUCCGCUAUGCAAAUCAACCUUCCCUCACAGUCCUGUGUCAGAGACAGUCAGGAAGUAGACCCACCCGCCCACAAGGGGGCGCUCACACGGACAAAGACGACAAUUAGGAGAACUCGUGUUUUAAUGCUGCUGGUGAUCUUUGUUGUUCAGCAUCGACAUGCUAACGUGUUAGCUGAUGGGAUGCAACGAGUAGACAGAGGAGAUGAAAACGAAUGAAUGUAAACUGAAAUGUGUGUUUAUGAGUGGCGGCUGGAGGCAGAAGAAGAGUGGGUUUUUACCGCUGGAGGUGGGUUUUUACGUGGGUAUGUGUAGACUGAGCGUGUCAGUGUUGAUCGGGUAAAGAGGGAUCCUGUAUUUUUGCAAUAAAGUUAUUACCAAUGCCCUCCCGCAGGGGGCGUAACCACCGUAAUGUGUCAUUAUUUAAAAAAUGUUGGAGAAACAAAAUAGGGCUACAAUUAUAGUUAAUCAAUUCAUCAGAUUAAAAAAGAAAUCACAUUCUACAGAUUUUUCAGUUAACCAUCUCAGCUUUUUUAUACAUUAUUAGAAAUCCAUUAAAACAGGAGGGUUGAGCUCAUUUUUAUUUUGGGUCAUAUCAAGAUCAUGAAUGUCCUCAAAGUGCUGGAGGUGGAAGAAUGUAUUGAUAAAACUACCCAAUAAUAAACUGAUAGAAUAUCAAUGCAUUCAAUGUGGAUUUCUUGAAAUUAAAUAAUGUUGAAAAUCUUUACACAUUGAUUUACUUUGGCA